ACUCAGGCCCAGGAGUUGAGUGGAAGGACUGGGGGUCUGAGCUCUGACUGCUCUGCCACUUCCCCAUUGGCUCCUGGCGGCUUGUGCUCUGUGAGCUAGCGCUGAGAGGGCUGAGCCACAGGGGGAGACUCUCGGACAUAAAAGGGGGGGUAAGGCUCCAGAACUGCCAGAGGGGGAUUGGUAGCCCUCACAGCCUCUUCUGUGGCACUUCUCUGAGCUGGAGUCAGGGUGCCUCCUGAUUCUUGGAUCAACCACCCUACCAUCUGAUCAGCCAGAAGCCUACCAGGGACAAAGCAGGGCACAGGUCAUUCAUCACCAGGCUUUGAGAUCUGCGUAGGGGGAGCUCUUGAAGUAGCCCCAGCUGGCAGAAGAGUGAGACAGAAUGGCGUGGUCCAGGCUGAUGCUGGCAGCUUGCCUCCUCGUGAUGCCCUCUAACGUCGCCACGGACUGCCCAUCCCUGUGCUCCCUGUGUGCAGUGAGGACUCAGGACGGACUCCAUCCCAUCAACCCCCUGAUCUGCUCCCUGGAGUGCCGGAACGUGGUGCCGCCCGCAGAAGAGUGGGAGAGGUGCCAGGAGUUUUUGUCCUUCCUUGCCCUUUCCGCCUCCGGCCUCCGUGGCGAAGAUGCCUCGAAGAACGAGGCUGCUUUGGAGGAAGGCUUCAGCACCCUGACCAAGCUCCUGGAGCCUCUCCUGAGGGAGCUGGAGAAAAGCCGGUUUCUUACCAGCCUCUCAGAGGAGAAGCUCAGGGGUCUCUCCGGCAGGUUUGGCGACGGAAAGGAGUCUGAGCUGAUGGGUGCUGAUGAGAUGAAUGAUGGAGCCAUCCAGGCCGGCACGCUCCGUUUCAAUGAUGAGGACUUGGGCAAACCGGCCAAACGCUAUGGCGGCUUUUUGCGCAAAUAUCCCAAGAGAAGCUCCGAGAUGGCUGGGGACGAGGAUGGGGGCCAGGACGGGGAUCGGGUAGGGCAUGAGGACCUGUACAAACGCUAUGGGGGCUUUCUGCGGCGCAUUCGCCCCAAGCUCAAGUGGGACAACCAGAAGCGCUACGGCGGCUUCCUGAGGCGUCAGUUCAAGGUGGUGACCCGGUCCCAGGAGAACCCCAACACCUACUCUGAAGAUGUAGAUGUUUGAUCUUCCCCGCCAUGGAGUUGGGUCAGCUUCCCCCGACCUCUGCCCGUGCUAGAGCCCACUCCAUCCUCGUGUGAUUUUGCCCCAUCUCUUGCUCCAUCCAGCACUCACAUGAAGACAUCCGCGCCCACCCCGCCCUGUCCUGCCCAGGAGCAGUGCUUACUUGCAAUCAGUGACAGAGAAGAGUGGAGGUCCCCUACCAGUGUGCCCAGUGGCCAGUUCAAACCCCUAGACCUCUAAAUUACCACUAGUAGCGACAGCUGUUUUACAUCAGCCCAACCACUCUGUCCCUGUGACCCCACCCCCACCCCAGAAUCCAGAGAAACUGUUCUUUGUACCUGUAGGUCUGUGAUCUCCAAACUUCACUGAUCACAUCCUCCUCUCAGAUGGAAAAGGAGCACUUCCCGAUAGUUUGCAUAUGAAACACGAGUAGAAACUUAAAAAAGACAUAUGCAAAUGCAAAUCCAAACUGUAUUCUCAGUACCAGAGGCUCUUGUUAAGGACCCUACUCUGGAGGCCACAAGCUGAAUGAAAAGCCUUUUUGGGGACAGGAAUUAUGAGUCCAGAGAGGCCAGGCUUCUGGCAUGCUAAAUGUUCCGUCUGGGCAUCCAGAGUUCUCAGGGUUUCAAGUGUGUGUCUGGAAAAGCCUGGCUCCUAGACCCUGGGCUAAGGUGGUGCCUCUCCUAAAGGAGUGAGAGCCCCUUGCUUGUGAUGAGAAGCUAUCCUUCUGAAGGGGUGAGCAAAACAAACUAAUUUGUUCUGUACAACAAAUUCAGAAUUGGGGCCAGUUCCCAGAGCCCUCAUUAAAAGCCAUCAGUCUCACACUUCUACCCCAGGAGGAGCUGAUCAGAGUGGAGCGGAUGGGCUGAGCACAGCUGUGUUCUUCAGUAGCUGAGUUGGCUGCAGGAGCUGGAGCCAUUUGACUGAGCCAUUUGGCCCAGCAUAUGCACUGGCACUGGGAAAGGGGAGCCAGAGGCAGUCGCUGAAGGAGAGACUGUCCCAUCUCAACACUCAUAGAGAGAGAGAGAGAGAGAGAGAGGCAAAUGAUUGAGUGUUCAAGAACAAGUAGAUUCCCUUGAUUCACAUAACCCAGAAUCAGAGGCAAGGUCCUCUUUGGAUUCAGAUCUCCCUGUCUCCAGGCAGAUUUUUAGAUUGCUGGGUGAAGGAGAUGGGGCCUGGUGGGAGAGGAAACAGACUGCAUGUGCAUGUUUGCAGAAGAUGUCUCCAGAGCUCCUCGCCACACAGAGGCCGCAGCCUGUAGAGCUCUUUCAUGUGUUCUGAAGUGUGUAGAUUGUCUUAGGGUGGCUUUGUAUGCUGUGUCUUAGGGUGGCUUUGUAUGCUGCUUAAAAACCACAUUCACCCAACUUACUUGGAAUGUGUGAGUCCUUAAUAGGCCUGUGUAGUUCCCUGCUUUCCUGGAAUAAUAAAUAAAAUUAUGCUGAUAACUUGAUGUG